GAGCGCACAACUAUCACUCCUGCAUCAGUACACCAUCACUCUCAUCAGCACCUCUCCGGCGACUAUUACGCCUCUAUGUGACUGUGGCGCACGAAAGGGGAUAAACUUGAGUGGAGUGUUCACCAAAAAAAACAAAAAAAAAAACAACAUCAGCCCGGUGUCUCUUUGGGGGAAUUACGCACUUUUUUAUGACUUUCUCCUCUGUGUGUAGGGCUCAGAGAUGAGACGUGGUGAGAUCAUGGAAGGUUGGACCACAUCGCUAUUGCGCAAGAUGUGUUUUCUGAGCCGGGUCCGGAGGGCUGGUACUCUGUCUCGGCAGUAGUCCUCUUCGGCCCCGCGUCAGUAUACUUGAACGUGGACUCUGGGAACUGGACAAGGGGCGAAGAAGGAGUGAGUUGAAACAAAAUCAGAAGAGAGGGAGCAGAAAGUGGCAAAGCGCUCCACUAUCUCGCCUGGAUCCUUUACAAUAUCCUGUGAUCAUGCCAUCGUGGUUAUAGAUUCGGGGGGCUUCUUCUGUUUGAGGUGAGGAGAAGGAGAAGCAGGAGGAAUAGGUAGAAGAAGGAGGAGGAGGAUGGCUGAGCAGUGACUGGAUGCAGCCAUGGCCUGUGCACCCUGUUCAUAGAGGAGCUGCUGAGGGGAAAAGAGAUCAGAGAAGACAGAGACGACCAACAGGAUGAAACUGUGGGGGAGGUCAGCUUGGCCUUUGCAGGUGGCCUUCCUCGUUGCCUUUCUGAUGCUCUGCGUUGACCCGUUGUCUGCUGGCAGCCGUAACCAUCGGGGAUCGACAGUCUCGUACCAGGUGAAGCAGGGGACGUGUGAGGUGGUGGCUAACCAUCGCUGCUGUAACAAGAAUAAGAUUGAGGAGCGCUCUCAAACCGUCAAGUGUUCCUGUUUUCCUGGGCAGGUUGCUGGCACCACCAACGCCAGACCCUCCUGUGUGGAAGCCUCCAUAGUAGCCCAAAAGUGGUGGUGCCAGAUGCAGCCGUGUAUGGACGGAGAGGAGUGUAAGGUGCUGCCUGACCUGACCGGCUGGUCCUGCAGCACUGGCAACAAAGUAAAGACCACAAAGGUCACACGAUAGCAAGAGAGCCAGCGAGGCACAAGGAAACCUGAAACUCUCCAUGUGGAAGAGAUGGAUGACUCACACAUAUUUACUGUACAGUGGGAAAAAUAUCAAGGAAAAGGACCGCUGUCAGGCCAUCCAUCACAAAACAAUGGAAUAAAAAAGAAUGCACUCUUCACAAACUAUGUUCACUUGGCUAAGUGGAGCGACACAUAAAGCAUACACAGAAUGCUUGUUUGUGAGACCAACGGCCUACAAUCAUGGACAUCCAGGGUACAUCUGGACUCUAAUGUACUCAUAUUUAUAAAUGAUGGACAGAGUAUGGAAUGAUCAGGGGUCGAUUUCAAACACAGAAUUAGCAUUUUUAAGAAUAUAUUUCAACAAAGCGUUUGUGGAUGAGUGUCAGAUGUGCUGUAUUCCACAGCUCAAACCUGUUGUCUAUGUAGAGCUUCUACUGGAGAUACUUAAGAGAUGAUCUGGGAGAAAUGAAAGCGAUAGCAGUCGAUAACUAGCAAAUAGCAAAUUAGCAUCAAAAUUGCUCUUGUGGGUCAAGUCACAAACAUAAAGACUGUUUUGCGUGGCUCAUUUUGCAGUUCUAAUUAGGAAUUUCAGUGUAAGAACAUAACAGCAUAUUAAAAAUUCAUGUAAGAUAUUUGCACUAGCUGAAACCGUUUGGGAAUGUUUUGUUUUUCUAGAUAUCUCUCAUCCUUUGCUGUGGAUGUCACAUGAAAUUGAAGGUGGAGCAUUUUGUUGAAUGUCUGACACUUGAAGUAGAUGAAAAAGAAAAAAUCAUUCUCCAUUUGCCCUGAUUAGGUAUUGGUCAAAAUAGCUCAUAGAAUCGAGCCAUGCUUACAUACAGCUUGGAACAAUAUGAAGUAGCAAAAUGUGACUCACCCGACUCCUUUCCUUUCCUUUUUGUCCAGAAGACUUUUUCCAAUAUCAGCCUUCAAAGUUAGAUAUCUCAGAUCUCACAUAUUCAGACUGUGACAUCUCUUAUGUUCACUAAAAGGAGGCCCAUAAAAUGUUCAAACAAG